AAUCUGCUCUCUGCUCUGUGAAGUGAAGGGAGGGGCUCCGGCUUGUAGUACGUGUGCUUCACAGCAGCUAGCUUACAGCCAGUUGGCUAACGCUGUAGUUGAGUGGAAGAUGGUGCUACUGGAAAACGACUCGUUCCUCACAGAGCUCACUCGGCUCUUUCAGAAGUGCAGAGCCUCUGGCAGUGUCGUCAUCACACUAAAGAAAUAUGAUGGGAGGACCAAGCCAGUUCCUCGGAAGGGCAACACAGAGUCAUUUGAGCCAGCAGACAACAAAUGUCUCAUUAGAGCGUCUGAAGGCAAGAAGAAAAUUAGCACAGUGGUCAGCACAAAAGAAGUAAUAAAGUUUCAAAUGGCGUACUCCAACCUCCUUAGAGCUCACAUGGAUGGAUUGAAGAAAAAAGAUAAGAAAAGCAAAAGCAAGAAAACCAAAGCCACUCAAUGAGACACAGACUCUUUAAUAUCUUCUUAGGCACCUAAACUGGCCUGUACUAUCUGAGGGAAUGGGAAAGGCCUUCACUCGGUCCGUCACCCCACCUGGCUUACUUCCUGCUCACCUGCAGGCCUCAGAAACACUGUUCAUCCACCAGGUGGCUGCUUUGAUAUCACACCAUAUUUUGCAUGGUAAUGUCUCUUCCUCAGCUGCUUGGUGGCAUUGAUGAUGAGGAACAGAAAUCCUGAGGAGUUCUCCAAACACAUACAGGAAGAACCAAGUCAGCUUUAUCAAAAGUACCAUUAGUUCUUCUUCAGAACCAGGUCUGCAACAGCUGUGUCACAUCUGGAGUUAAAUCUGUGGGGCCCAAUCAUUAGCUGCCUGUCAUUCUAUUUAAUUGUUAGAGUCCCUAUUUAUGUUGUAUUUACAGCUGACAUGAGCUGUGCUGUCAUGUUUUAAAAUGACUGGGUCUCAAGCAAAAUGUUAAAUGUUCCAGUUAUUACCCUCCAUUUUUUUCUGUCCAUCAAUGAAGUUAUUGUUAACCUGCUUGGGAAGAUUUAAAUCAAAUUUGAGUUGUAUUAUCCCCCAAAUGAACAUCUUCUUUGCCCCUUUAAAGUAAAAAUGAUCUAAUUUUCUUCCUCGUUUUAAACCACCAAGCCGUCUAACUGAUAGUCUUAAAUUGUUGAACGUGAUUGAGAUUUUCUUUGAGAGAUAAAUGACACAAAAAAAGGUUCAAAGUUGUGGAUUUACUGAAAGGCGUGUUUGAGUUAUGAAUACAGAGAGUAUUGGCUGUAAUUCUGGUAAGGUCAUUUCUUUUCAUCACACGGCAGGAUUAAGUGCAGCCAGUGUAUUCUGUCAACCCUUUGUAAUGUCAUUCUCCUGAGUCCCGCAGAGGAAUUUAAGUUCAGAAAUAAAGUGCUUUGUUUGAUAAAAGUG